AUGUCGUUAGCUGUGCAGGAAACAUCAUCAACGACGUUGAACACAAAACAUCGAACUGGACGGGCGGCUCUGGAUAGCCCCGGCAAGGCACUUCAGGAGUAUUCGACCGCUCUAUAUGCUACGACAUUUGCUAAAAGAAGAGAAUCGGCCCGGAUUCAGAUAUGCUCUCCCACGACGCCCGGAGACGCCGCUACUGAUGAAGGAAGAGAUUUGGUACUGGGCGUCAACGGCCAACCUCGCUUACGACGACGACGCAUGAAUGAUUACUUAGACAUCUGUACGUAUAACUGUCGAACGUUAUCUAUGGAGGCAAGCUUGAGAACCCUUCUUCACCAGUCGAGGAAAAUUAGGUACGACAUCAUAUGUCUACAGGAGACAAAGGCGAAGGAGGCGUUUACAAGAAAGAUGGAUGAGGGACAGCUGCUUGUGAUAGGGCAGAAGAAUCUCGUGAGAAACUCCGGAGGGGUCGGGUUCCUUGUGAACCGUUCCAUCGAAUCGAAUGUACAUUCACACGAAAUCCUCAGCCCUCGGAUCGCACUGCUGCGUUUGAAAACGAGACAGAAGGCGAUGAUCAGCAUCGUAAACUGCUAUGCCCCCACGAACUCAGCGGAUGAAGAAGAAAAGGAUGCUUUCUACCAUGAGCUGGAGGAGGUAGUCAAGAGAGAGAAGUCUUAUUACAAGUAUUUAUGCGGAGACUUCAAUGCUGCGCUUGGAAAUGGAAAUGAUGGCAACUGGAGGCUCGGCAAACACGGAGAAGGAAAUAGAAAUGAUAAUGGUACUCGUGUUCUGGAUCUUGCGUACUCUUGUAAUCUCUAUCACGGAAAAACUCUCUUUUGA